AAUUGUCAUAUCCAGAUCACAGUCCAUCUAAAUUCUUGAACAGAUCUUUUGUUUUUGUUGAAGAAGUCAAAGCAAAGACAUGGCGACUCGAGACGUAUGUGUGUUACUCUACUUGUGCGGGAUCGUGGGAUGCUGGGCAGAUCCCUGCUUAAAUCCUAUGGAAGUUCCAAGUCUUGAGAAGAGAGACCGUCUGUACGUCCUAGCAACAGGUGAGAGAGCCCUCAACGACAGACUGCUCACAGAGGGGUGGUAUGACGCCGGAGGGAAAGUAUUGCUGGACUCUGCACCAGGUUUCCAGCACUGUGGUACUCGUUACCCUAUAUGGAGAAAACAAAAGAACGGUGACAACUCUGUAAUGUGCAUUCAAAGCCACAGCGGCACCUGUAUCAGGGAGUUGAACAUUGAAACCAAAUUGUGCGGCAAGAAGGAGAUAUAUAAUUUGAAGAAAACAAUAUCCUCGAGUGCAUAUUGUUUUGGUAAACCAGGCGUACCUCCAACAUUUGCUGUGAAACCUACUGUUAUUACCCAACUCCACAAUGAUAUGUAUACAAGCAAGCUACAGUUCCGUUGUGAGUUCAGCAAACACGAUGAUGACGUCUUCUACGCUACCAACUGGGUCGUUAACGGCGACCUUGUCCUCACUGAAGAUGCUAUGAGGUGGGACAAUGGAGAUGUUAUAGACAAACAUACUCUGACAGAGGCUAAACUGAUCAGCGUUCACAUAACACAAGUUGGAUUCGAGCUGCGGUGUUCAGUCAGAGCUAGCGUCAGAGAAGACACGGCAGCCAGUGUUCCUGUCUUGUCAGACUCCAAGUUUAUAGGGAUUAAGAUAUCUGAUAAAACACUUGAGCUAUCAGAAGGGGAGUUCGCUGACAUAGCCCUCCAGCUGACGGCACCAUUUGGAUGUGGGACUGCACAUGGUACAUGUGAACUAAACAUAGAAUCUAUUCACCUAGAGACCUCGCCAGAUUGUGCAGAAGCGAAAUUGGCAAGUUCAACUUGUGGAAAAGUUAUUUCAGCUUCGGAGUGGGAUACAGCUACCACGAUCAGGGUAUUUGGCCAAGUUUCCCAGAGCCUUGGAUCAUCAAGUAACACCUUGAAACUGAAGCUGGCGACCCCUGACGUACUACCUGACAACAUGUUUUGGGCCAACUACACUUUCGGCAUCAUAACGGUUCAGCUGAUAAAGAACACGAAGCCGAUUGAGAGGAAGUGGUGUCAUGCUAGCAAUGACCCACACAUGCUGACAUUUGAUGGAAGGCGAUACGAACAUCAAUAUGAAGGUGUCUUCACUAUGUAUGAGCACACAACCUUUCCCAUUGAGGUUCAAAUACAGACAGCGGACUGCGGAGGGGGUGUGCACAACGCGUGGUGUAACUGUGGAGUUGCUAUACGAGCUGGCAGGACGGUGUUUGAGUUUAACAGGUGCGAGGGACAGUCCAGUAUUUGGACAAUAGAAUACACCCUGUGUGAAGACACUGGGGAUGUACUACAGGUAAAGAAGAAGGGCACCAGUUAUGAGGUGUAUCUGCCCACUGGAGGAAGAGUGACAGUUACUGUCUGUGACAUCUACCUGAACGUUUACAUCUACCCGUCAAUCCAAGACGUAAAUAACACCCGUGGUCUCUGUGGGACACUAACAGCAAACUGCAGGGACGACUUUUUCCUGAGGGACGGCACCUACUCUACAGACGUCACGGCUACGGGUGACUGUGAAACUACAUCCAACGUCUGGCAGAAUCUUCUCACUACAUUCUCGAACUCAUGGAAGGUUGAUGAUGGAAGUAACUUGUUUGUUCCGGACGUCCAUGCAUCACUGCCAGCGUGGCCACAGACAAACCUUUAUUGUUCCUGUUCCCCGGGUCCUCUAUCCACUACACGCACCGAGGCAGUAAAUUGCACUGCAGCUAUUCAUAAGGUGUGUGCCACCCUUCCGGGUUUCACAGAAGUGUUCCCGACGUCGUGCACAAUCCCUGAGAGACGCCGGAGAAGAUCUGCAGGUGUUCAGUUGGAAUCACCAAGGAGAAUACGUCGGCAAGCUGCAAAGGUGUGGUCAGACGGAUGGACAGAGGUCAAGGCAAGGACAUUCUGUGAGAACUUAUUCCAGGAAUCGCGAUCAGUACAAGCGUGCAAAAACGUAUCGGGUGUUGGCAUCAGCGGCAGCAUAGAAAACUGUAUCCUGGACAUUCAGUUGACAGGCACCACAGACUUUUCCCGUUUCUCCGUCGACACGGUGAGAGACAAGUGUCUACAGGAGGUGUUGGUUGACCCGGAGCUUAGGGUUAAGAAUGAGACGAGUAAGAUGUCGGUCUAUGACAUGGUUGUGGCAGAGGCUUGUCUGAACGACUGCAGCGGGAAAGGAACAUGUACAAAUGGUGAGUGUGUAUGCCAAACCAACUAUGGCGGCUCCGACUGUUCUGUAGACCUCACAGCUCCCCCUCGACUAUCUGAAACGGAAACGGCUGAUACAUGUGACGUGUCACGUGAGGCAUGUGACGUUGUUUCCGUGAAAGGCGAGACGUUUGUCGAUGGUGUAUCAACAUGUUUGGUUGAAGAGAUCAGGGUUAGAAAAUCAGACCAAGAAAUCGUUCUAACAACUGUAUACAUGGCAACCGUGGUCAACAUCGGCCAUGUGCUGUGCAAAAUCGUGGCCAGUGGCAACACAGGAAGUGAGGACGUCGAGUAUGUGAGUGCCUACCGGAUAUCGAUUGCCAACAGUGCCGGUAACUGUAGUGACAGUGUGGGCCUGAUUGUGUUUGACAGCACAUGUAUCCGAGCUGAUGGUGGCCGCGAAACAAAGUUCAAGUGGACAGUGAAGGGUCCAUACUGCCUGGACCGAGGGACGUGUGUUCCCCACGGGGCGAGACAAUCUGGAAACAAGUGUCUGGUGUGUGACGUGUCCGACAACAAGAGAACCUGGAAAACAGGAACAGAGUCGGGAUGCCAGAGUGAGUCUGGGAAGCUUCUUCUCAUAGCUGUAGCUGCUGCUGUCGGGGGAGUCGUUUUCGUCAUCAUCAUCGUUGUUGCGUUGGUCUGCGUAUGCAAAAGGAAGAAUAGAAAGGAAUGGACACCUAAACAGACUUCCUUGAAAAUGUAAAGUCCCUCUAUGACCUUGAGUUUUGGGCCACUGCUAACAACUUUACCAAUGAUCCUGAUGUGAACUUGAAGAGAAUCGAUCUGAUGUCCAAACAACUGAUGUGAUUUUUGUAACCAAGUCUUCAAAAAUAAUUUCACUUUAAUGAGACAUAAGCGUACAGUGCACUCCAAGGAAAACUUUCAGUGUGAGAAUUGUUUGGUCAUGUUUAGCAGACGUGAUAGCUUACAAAGUCAUCAAUGUAACCGGAAAAGGCCAGCCCGAGAAGAUAAUCAGUCUCCAAAGAAACGUCUUCGGUUUUCCUCUCCCCGUGAAAACCUCCCCUCCCCUGCAAGAUAAGAUACAUGCAAUUGGUGUGGUCAUUUCAAGUGUAUUUUUACCUGGAAAACUCUUCUGUGAGAGCUGUGAUAAGAAAGGUCGUGAGUGCAUCUCAUGCCAUCGCCUUGUCCCUGAGCGGCUAUACAGUCAACGAGUGGAUGAAUGCAAUAGAUGUGUUAACAGACGAGAGAGAUACCCGUCGAGAGGUAAUCAGGUUGGGGGAAGGUCGGCUCUCGCGGGAUCACUGAGGACAACAACACUGAUUCCGAGUGAUGUCAACCAUGUAUAUAUUCUGCAACUCUUUGCUGAUGAACGAACCAAUAUCAUUGAGAUAUUACAUGACUUUUUAGAUGAUCAGAAAGAUAUGAAAUGGUUUCUUACCCUUAAGUUAAAGAAUGUCAAAUAUGACGAAAAUAACGAGAGUCAGUUAGCUGAUCCGGUCGUAGGAUCUACAAACUUUGGACUCACAAUUUUUCGGAAAUUGAUGAUCAAAUAGCUCAGGCGUUUCAAACAUUAUAUGAUCAACACAGGAAUUUCAGGCCGAGGGAAGUGUUUGGAUUUUAGAUCAUAUAGUGCAUUUGGAAGUAAAUACCGCAGAAUAUGUACCCCUGUCAGGCCAGCUCUUACAUUCCACUGCCUAAGUGCUUACAAAUGCUUAAAUGUCAAAGAUAAUGAUCAGAAAUGCUUUGUUUGAUCUAUUCUUGCUGCCCUACAUCCUGUAUCCUAUAGAGAUAAUGCAAAUCGAGUGACAAAGUAUGUAGGGUAUGAAUCCGAGCUAGACCUGAAUGGUAUUGACAUACCAAUACCUCUCUCUCAAAUUUCCAGAUUUGAACAACAAAACCACAUUUCUGUCAAUGUGUUUGGCUACGAGGAGAAAGACGGUGUGUUUCCUCUUCAUAUCAGUAGCCAACCAUUUGAUAGACCUAUUGCUCCUAACUGAAGGAGAAAAGAGACAUUUUUGUCUCAUUAGAAAUUUCAGCCGUCUUGUGGCAGAUAGAACCAAACAUGAUGGAAAAAAUCUAUUGUAGACGCUGUCUGCAUGGUUUUAUCCGGCAGGAUUUGUCAGAUGAUCAUGCCUUCUAUUGUUCAGAUCAUUAUGCCCAGAAAAUCAGAUUACCUGGUGAACACAACAAAUGGAUUAGAUUUUUAUCUGUUCAGAAACAGCAAAAAGUCCCCUUUGUUAUGCAUGCAGAUGUUGAGGCAAUCACCAGGAAAGUUGAACAAACUGAAAAUAACACAUCAAACACGACUGUUUAUCAGAAACAUCAGCCUUCCGGUUUCUGUUACAAAGUGGUCUGUUCAAAACCUACUGGUACAUGUACAAAACCUGCAGUGACCUAUAGAGGCCAUGUAGUCAUUUCACAUUCUAUUGAAUUCUUGUUGGAUGAAGCACAUCUCAUCUAUGAAAAGCUUAAAGUUCCUGAAACUUUAAAAAUGACUGACACUGAUGAGUUGGCAUUUCAAAUGGCAGAUACAUGCCAUAUUUGUCAGAAACCCUUUGAUGAAGAAUCUAUCAAGGUUCGUGACCACGACCAUUUAGAAUAUAACUAUCGAGGGGCUGCCCAUCAAAAAUGUAAUCUGCAAUAACAGUUUAGAAAGGUGAAAGGUAAACAUAGUUUUCCAAGGGAAGAAUUCUUUAUCCCUGUGAUAUUUCACAACCUACUUUGUUAUGACAGUCAUCUGAUCAUGAAACAGUUAGACAAGUCUGUAAAACAGAAGCUGAGUUGUUUGGCAAACAACGUGGAGAAGUACAUUUCAUUUUCCAUCGGCCAUUUGAGGUUCAUUGAUUCAUGUCAGUUUCUUCAAUCCUCUCUGGGAAAACUUGUUGAAAAUCUAAAGAAAAAACACCCUUCCAAAUUUAUCCAUUUAAGGCAUGAAUUUGCAGAUCCAACUCAGGUAGAGCUAUUAUUGAGCAAGGGAGUAGCUAUUAUUGAGCAAGGGAGUAUAUCCUUAUGAUUUCAUGGACGAUGAAUCAAAAUUUGAAAUGUAAGAACUUCCUGAAAAAGAGGAUUUUUACAAUAGCUUAUCAGAUAGUUCCAUCUCUGAGGAAGAUUAUGACCAUCCACAAAAUGUGUGGUCUACAUUCCACAUUCAGGACAUGGGGCAGUAUCAUGACUUGUACAUGCUAACUGACAUUUUACUUUUGGCUAAAGUGUUUGAAAACUUUAGAAGAACAGCUUUAGAAAACUUCCAGUUAGAUCCAGGACACUAUUACGCGCUACCUUGGUUUGGAUGGGAUGCAAUGUUGAAAAUGGGAAAUGUAGAGCUAGAGCGGCUGACAGAUGUGGAAAUGCUGCUCAUAAAAGAGUCAGGACUCAGGGGUGGUAUCAGCAUGAUAUCCAAAAAGUAUUCUGAAUCAAACCUACCAGGUCAGAAACAUUACAAAACUGAUGAACCGAAUAGACACCUUAUUUACCUCGACGCGAAUAAUCUUUAUGGGUGGGCUAUGUGCCCAGCCCUCCCUGAGCGAGAUUUCCAGUGGGUAGAUAACUUUGAGAAUUUAGAUAUAAGGAGUAUUCCCGCUGACGCAGAUAUAGGUUACAUUCUUGAGGAUGACCUUGACUACCCAUCUAGUUUACAUGACGGUCACAGUGACUACCCUUUAGCACCUCAGUCUAUGACAGUGACACAUGACAUGCUUUCUAAAUAUUCUCAGGAUUUGAAACUUGACUUAAACAUUAAGGGAACACCAUGUAUAAAGCUUGUACCAAACUUGUUAAACAAACAGAAAUAUGUUAUUCAUUACAGAAAUUUACAGUUUUAUCUGAAACAAGGCAUGGUUCUAAGCAAAUUUCAUAGAGUCAUUCAGUUUAAGCAGUCAACAUGGCUAGAACCUUUCAUUUAUUUCAACACAGAGACACGUAAACAAUCUACAAAUAAAACAGACAAAGCGUUUUUCAAAUUGAUGAAAAAUUCUUGUUUUGUCAGAAAACAUGUCAAUGUUGAACUGGUGAAUUCAGCCAAACGUCUAAAGAAUUUCUGUGCUAAACCAACAUUUGAUGCUUUCAAAAUUUUCAAUCCAGAUUUGGCUGCUGUUCACUU